AUGCCAGUGCCCGAUCCAUUCUCAUUGGCUGACCGUUUCACCGAUGAAUCGUCCAAGGAUGCCAGCUCCAGCAGUUCGGACGACGAGGAUGAUGGCGUGGUGGUCAGAGCAAACGCUCCAACAGAGGGCAUCACCUUCAACGGCUCCAUCCACUACCGAGAAGACCUGAAUCCUAGUCUUGGCAGAGGCAGAGGUUUGCUGUGGAAACGGCCGACCAUAAUCCCGAGACAGCCGUCGCCAGUCCAAGUCAUCAUCAGAAAGUCAUCAUCACCUGCAAAGACGACGACGACGACGACGACCUCCACCAGCAAUCACUGCGGCACCGGAACCAAAACCAACAACACCAGGACUGGAAGUGGCAGUGACAGUGACAGUGGUGACAGCAGCAGCAGCAGCAGCAGCGGUACUAGCCGCAGUAAAGAGACCAUCAACGACCGCGAGACCACGAGGCCACCUUCAACACAACAACCCAAGCCUACAAUAAAGACUAUGUUCAAGCCCACGUCAACCCAGCCUGUUCCCGAAAAACCUCCAGCUCAAGUUCAUGACGAAGAAGAGCCCAAGAGACCGUACCCUCCUCUACUCAAGCCCGUAUUUGGACCUGCUAGGAAAACUGCCGGCUCGACUGCUCCUACUAGAGUCCCAGAAGGAGGACAUAUGAUAUCGGCUUCCCAAGGACAGUCAUCAAAGUCCACAGUCGGAAGCAUAUUCAGGCCCCCCUCACAAACCGCUCCCAAAGCUGCACCUAUUCAGCUCCAAAACAGCCAGUCGAGGUAUUCACAAUCCCAACCACAAUCACAAAACCCAUCGUCUUCCAUCUCAUCUCAGCCUCCUCUCAGAACCGCCUUACAAACAGCUCCCGGUCAGGGGCAGCGCCCUAGUCCACCGCAACCCCCUGUGUCCAGUAGUGUAUUCAAGCCUCCGCAUCAGCCCCCUAGGCAACCAAGCUACCAAGCACCGCCCGGGCAUGUCCAGAGAGAAACGAAAAUACCGCCGCCCAAUGUAGGCAGGAACAUAUUCAACGCUCCAUCCAAAUCCUUUUUUCGACCUGCAUCUCAGCCAACUUCUGGUCAGGUUAUUGACCCUCAACCGAGAAUGCAACAACCUUAUCCUUCCAAUAAUGUUUCCAAGGCUCCUCCUCAAUCACUAUUUAGACCAGCUGGACAACCUCAUAGGUCUGGGUUACUGCUGUCACAACCAACACCGUCUCGGUUAUCACAGCCGCAAUCAUCAGGAGCUAGGAUAUCUCAGUCACAGCCAGCAGGGCCCGAUAUGCCACAACCGUUGGCGUCCGUGACAUUACCACCACAACCACAACAACAACCACAACCACAAUCACGACCACAGCCACAACCACAACCACAACCACAACCGCAAAUGUUAACCUCCGAAUUCAUUUCACCCCCGGUAGCCUCCCUCUCAAGUAAAGUCAAUUCCCAGGAAGCUCCGGCUACCCAGCCUCCUGAGGCUCCUAAUUUGACAAAUUUGACAGUACAAGACAUAGAGUCCAAGCUCCAGUCCUUUAUUGCCACUGUAGGCGAAGACCAUGCUCGUUAUGUUGAAUAUCUACUUGAUGAGGCCGAACAGAUGGCCCCAGAGCCAAAACAUCUAAGCGACUUUGAUGCCUUUGCUGACAUGCCGGCCCUAAGCGCUCCUGCUACUACUUCCGACACCGCUUCUGCGUCGGAUGACGGAGUGGAAACCAUGGCGUUCAAAAUUAAGCUUCACCACGGUGACAAUGGAAAGCCCAGGGCCCCCACCAAGGCUUUCAAGUGCCCGGUCGUCAAAAUCAAGACGGACAAGGAGGUCGUCCCCAAAUACAGGUUUCACCAUACUGAGAUCAAAAAGAACAUCUUGGUUCCCAAUACAAUGCUCACAUUUGUUCCUCAUCUCCGGGAUGUCGACCCAGACUCUGUGGACGAGAGAGAUUACAUCAACUGGCUCAAUGAAUUGGAAAAGUUGGACACCCAGUCUGGAUUCAAGACGGAAAACAGGCAACAGAAAAAUCAUAAGCGUGUCCGGGAUGAAUUUACCGCCACACUCUCCAUGUACAUUGAGCCUUGGCUCAAGCAACUAGGUCUCGAUGUUGUUUGUGGCAGACCGACGCUGAUCCGCUACAUGUUGAGCCAGGAAGAAAACAAAGCACACAUCACACAACAGCAAAAGGACGUCCUCCUCAAUACGUACAAGGACGAUGCCAUUUUGUCGCCAAAGGCCGUGGAGGCGGCACGCAUCUUUACCCUGGCAUUUAAUAACGUGUUUGGAAACAACACCGACCCGGAGCGUUCCAUCACCCUUCGGGAUGUCUUGCUCCUCGAAAAGCGUGAGACCGUUGUCGACGAGAAGCGUGCAAAAGAGACACCCCCUCCGGCCAAUCCCCAACGUGAUCAAUCAGACAGCAACGGUCUGCUGCCCAAAGUCGAGGCCUCGCUUUCAAGUUACGCGGUUCUGGGCUGCAAUGUCUGCUUCAGCCACGAUUGUGAGCAUGGUGACAUUGACGCCCACAACUACCACCGGACAUUUUCCCUUGAUAGUGUCGGCGGUGUCAUCCGGGCGCUCAAGAGAAAGUGGGCCGACCAAGUCGCCUCGAUGGGCGGCGACGAGGAAGCUGUGGCAGCAGCCUCUAAAAAGGCUCUUCACCUCCCCUGUCACAACGCCUGCUACCGGCACUACGACGUUGGUCCUGCUGCCGCCCCCGUCACCCCGUGGGCUAACAGCGAAAUCUCUGUUUUGGAGGACAUGUUUGUCAGUGUCGGACACAGUCAGACCCUCAAGGCUCAAUGUGUGGUGGCUUCCAUCCUAGGCCGCAAAUGUUGGGAAGUCUACCGCAAGAUCAAAGAGCUCGACCUCAGCCUCCCGCAAGUCUCACCACCUCGCCCAAAAACCGGCCCCAAGGGCGGCCCCCUAAACAAAGUCAAGCCACUUCCCUGGUAUGAUCGCCGCAAGAAAUGUCUCAUGGGUGACUGGCAAGACCAAACCGCGACGCACGAGCACUCCAUCCGCGAGAUCACCGAACCGUGUCAUCACGACGGUCCCUGCACCAAAGAAAACGAGGCCUGUCCUUGCGCCAACGCCUCGCCUCGUCCUUUACUCUGUGAUCGGUUCUGCCAGUGCACGGUAGACGAGUGCGCCCUCAAAUUCACCGGUUGCGCGUGUCAUUCGACGGGCAAGACUUGUAUUCAAAGACAGAAGGAGGGAAAACCGUGUAUCUGCAUUAUGCUGAAUCGUGAGUGCGACCCUGUGGUGUGCAAGGGGUGUGGAGCAAAAGAAAGGGCAGAUCCGGACAAUGCCCAUGAUGAGACUUUGCAUUCGACGGGUUGUCAGAAUGUUAGUCUUCAGCGGGGAGCAUCCAAAACUGUUUUGCUUGGAAAAUCUCAACUCGAAGGAUGCGGCUACGGUCUCUUUACUGCCGAAGACAUUUCCCAGGACGAGUUCGUGAUCGAGUACACCGGUGAGCUAAUCACGCACGACGAAGGUGUGCGUCGCGAAGCUCGUCGUGGAGAAGGGUUCGGGUCCCAGGGCACCAGCUCUUACCUGUUUACGUUACUCGAGCAUGAAGGCAUCUGGGUCGACGCAGCCAUGUACGGCAACCUCUCCCGGUACAUCAACCAUGCCUCGGAAAACGACAAGAAAGCUUGCAACAUCACGCCCAAAAUCAUCUACGUGAACAAUGAGUACCGCAUCAAGUUCACCGCGCUUCGGGACAUCAAAGCCGGCGAGGAGCUCUUCUUCAACUACGGUGAUAAUUUCCCUAAUCUCACCAAGAAACUGCUUCAAGAUCAGGAUGGAGAUGGUGAAAAUGACACCGCUACCAAAUCCAAGGGUAAGAGAGGCAGUAGUAGUCUCGCUCAAGGGACGGCGCGUAAAGCAACCACCAAAGCUAGUACCACCGCCAAGGGCAAAGCGAAAACCCAAGGCCGAGCACGCGGCGCUCGUAAGACGGCUGUGAUGGAGAUUCCCCCCAGUGAUGAUUAUGAGGAUCAAACGUGGCUUAAGGAUCCCCUUCCCUUGUAUGACGAGUAUGAUGAAGACGAUGACUCUUAUCUCCCUGUGGGCAGGAAGAGGAGAAAGCGCGGUGGGAAGAGGGCUGGUGCUGGGAGGAAGAAGAAGACUCCUAGUCCUGAGGAGGGGGAGAAUGAGGGCGGUGAUCAGGGAUCAGCUGGGGAGGAUGAAGCAGAAGCGGAGGUAGAGGCUGAUGAAGACGGUGAUGCUGACGACCCCUCUAAUCCACAAACUCGCAACCGUCGCGCCAGAGCCGUCUCGGAAAUAAGUGACAGCCAAGCUGAGCGCGAUGAGGACAUGGACAUGGACGACAUGGAGUCAGAAGACAGCGACGCGCCGCUUUCGCCUUCGAGGGUGACUGCCCGUCGUAGACGUCAACUGAGAACCACAGCAGCGCCAACCACAACCACCACCACCAGCGCAGCAAUAAAUAACAACAACAACAACAACAACAACAACACCUCCCGCGCCACAUCAGCUUCAGUAUCAGCAUCAGCUUAUACCACCGCCGCGUCAACGUCUAAUUCUACUCCCGCACCGUCUCAACCAGGUGAUGGUGGCGGUGACGGUGACGAUGACGAUGAAGCAGAAGGCAACCAGGAAGAAGAAGAAGAAGAAGGAGGGCAAGAAAAGAAACGCUCUAAUAGAGGCGGCGCCCGUCCUGGUGCAGGCAGAAAGCCGAGGAAGACGGGGAGGCAGCAGGCUGCUAGUGGGUCUGCUUCUGUUUCUGCUUCUACUUCUGCUUCGGAAUCGACCACCGCGACUGGGAGUCAUGCUGGGAGUCAUUGGGAUAGGCUGAAGAGUAGUAUCGCUUUUGGGUCUGGAUCUGGAUCUGGAUCUGGAUCUUCAUCAGGCUCUGCUCAGCUUGCGAACCCCCACUCAGGUUCUCUACCCGCUAACCCCAGUGGCGUCUCCCCCAGCAAAAGUAAAAGCAAAAGCAAGAAACGCAAAGCUCCCGAGGCAGAUAUUUACUCCAUGGAUGAGCACUCUUCUUCUGGUUCCGGCUCCGACGCUGAACUUUUCUCAGCUUCAGAGUCCAGGGGUAAUCAUGCGUCAUCAAAGAAGAAGAAGCAGAAAACUACCUCUACCUCUACCACUGCUGCAAACAGAACCAGAACCACCCGCUCUUCCCGCGCCACCACCACCAAGGCAAUUCCCUCCCCAGCAACAACAACAAUGAAAAUCAAACCUCUCGGCGUCACCGUCACUAGGUCUCCUGGUGGUAGAGGAACAGCAGCUCGUCAUACCUCUAUGCAUAACGCUGCAGCCGAGGCUCAACUUAGGGCUGAACAAUCGUUGAGGGAUGAGGCUGCUGCUGCUGCUGCUGCAGCGGGAACAGCGGCAGCAGGAGCGAUAAGAGAAGCUCAGCAGGGGCAGGGACAGGAGAUGCAGAUGCAGAGUAGUACUGGACUGUACCAUACUGCGGCCAACUUCCAGCCUUUCACUUCUGAUAACGACGAAGAUGAUGGGGAGGAGGAGGAUGUCGCUUCUGUUGGUUCUGGGGGGGAGGAGGAGGAGGAGGAGGAGGAGGAGGAGGAGGAGGAUGAAGAGGGGCGGGCACGGGGUGGUGAACCACCUGCCCCUGGUUCGAAUGGGGACAACCACGAGCAGGCUCCAUGUGAGUGGUGUGAUAAUUAUGUUUGCGAUGUCGAUGGCGAUACGACUACGACCACCGGCAGCAGCAGCGACGAUGAAGCCGAUAGAAUCGCUUGGGAAAAUUGGAUGAAUUUACCUCCAACACCGCGCGAUGAAGAAGGACAUGCAGGCCGGGCACCCGGCGACUACGACUCGGAUGGCGCCGCCGUUCCUGGUCAUGAUGCUUCAAAUGCCCCUGGCCCUGAAUCCGGCUCUGCCAACGAAGGGGGUGAAAGCGACGACAACGGCGACGACAAUGAUAACAGCGAAGAAAGUGAAGAAGAAGAAGAAGAGGAAGAAGAAGAGGACCAGCCCCCCGUCAAGCGAUUACGGCCUCGUCGUCCGCAUCAAGCAUCGCCACCAGCAAAGUCAACUGCCAAUAUGGCUGGGGCUCCAGUGGUAGGCGGGAAGGUGCUACGGCAGCGAUCGAACCAGUCGCAGUCGCAGUCGCAGUCCCAAAAGAGCAAAAUCACAAGACAGAGCACCACCGCCACAGGCACCAGGAGCACCGAACGAAAAAUCACCCGGAGCACCACUGGUACCACUAGCACCCGCAAACCAUCCAAUCCCAAUCCCGAUCCCAACACCAAUCCCAAACCCAAAGCGUCCGGUCCCUCCAAGGAGACGAGAUCAUCAUCAUCAGCAGCAGCAGCAGCAGCAGCAGCGGUAGCAUCAUCAUCAGCAGCAGCAGCACCAGGUCAAAUCCAAAACCCCACCAGAGGAUCAUCAUCAUCUCUAAAGAGGAAGGCGAGUGGUAGAGCAGGGUCAACGGGAGGAGGAGACAUGGAGGGAGCAAGUCACAGGAAGAGACAGAGACCGCUGAGAUAUCGGAACGAGGAGGAGCUCAAGACGGAGACAGGCUGA